AUGUCUAUUAUUAUUAGUACCAAUUCUACUGUAGAAAUUGUAUCUCGUUAUAUUAUCAAAUUAAAUACAAUUUCAAAUCGAAUGAAUAUUUAUGUUAACUUAUUAUUUUUAAUAUUUGGAAAUAUUGGUAAUUUAUUGAAAAUUUUUUUUUUUCUACAAAAACCACUUCGCCUAUGUUCAUGUUCAGUUUAUAUUAUUGCUGCUACAAUUACCUAUUUUUUUCUUCUCAAUAAUAUUCCAGUGACACGUUUUUUAGCCAAUAUUCAAUCAUCCUCAAAUACAACAAAAUCAAUCUCACAAAUUAAUAUUGGAUGGUAUGAUUCGAGAAUUGUUCUACUACAUAUUGAUAAUAUACCAAUGUCGAUUAUUUCACCAGCUCUCUAUUGUAAGUUACGAAUGUAUAUACAAAUGUUAAGCACAAAUUUGGCGCUUAAUUUUGUUUUAUUAGCAUCAAUAAAUCGUUAUUGUUUAAGUUCAAGAGUUGAAAAAAUACGAAAAUAUGGUCAAAUCUAUUUACAAUAUCGUUUAAUUCUAUUUACCACUAUUGCAUGGUCAUUAUUAUCUUUACAUCAUUUUUUUAAUUCUAAUAUUGAAAUGAUUAAUCAACGUUCAACCUGUCUUCCAAAAUAUUUAAAAUAUUUUAUUAUAUUAUCUAUCACAUAUACUGUAAUUAUGCCAAUGUUAAUGAUUACUUUUGGCUUGUUAACACUAUCCAAUGUACGAAAUAUUACAAAAAAUAAAAAUCUAUUACAAAAACAUUGUUUAAAUCAACGUAUUGAAUAUCAAUUGACAUGGAUGAUUCUAUUAGAAAUAUUAUUAACUGUUCUAGGAUGUUUACCUCAUUCACUCUAUGCCUUUUAUGCAAUAAUAACACGAAAUCAAUCAAAAACAAUUGAACAGAUAACUUUUGAAAAUAUGAUUGAUCAAAUAUCACGAAUGUUCGGCUACAUUGAAUGUAGUUUUGGCUUCUAUAUCUAUAUAUUUUCAUUGAGUACACUGCGCAAAAGAUUUAUUAAUCUAUUGAAAACGAAGUUAACCUGUUCUAUUUUUACUGAUCAUCAUCAUCGAAAUAACAUCACUAUUAAAUACUUGCGUCGAACACUAAUCGUACGCUGA